AGUCCAUACAUAAUGUUUCAUUGGCCAAACUCAUGUUACUCUACCAGGCUGGGAAUGGGUCAUCCUUCAACUGGACAGACGGACAAAUUGUUGAGUGGGAGAAGUUUGCCGAACUGGCCAGAUCUGAGCUGGAAUCGCAGAAACCCACCGUGAAAGCUCUUCUCAUUGUGGCCUACACGGUCAUCAUGGUCAUCUCUCUCUUUGGUAACUUGCUGGUCUGCCACGUGGUGGCCAAGAACAAGAGGAUGCACUCGGCCACCAGCCUCUUCAUCGUCAACUUGGCUGUGGCCGAUAUCAUGAUCACCCUCCUGAACACACCUUUCACUUUGGUUCGGUUUGUGAACAACACCUGGGUCUUUGGGAAGAUCAUGUGCCACGUCAGCCGCUUUGCACAGUAUUGCUCCCUCCAUGUCUCCACACUGACUCUGACAGCAAUAGCCUUGGACCGGCAUCAGGUCAUCCUGAAUCCACUCAAGCCAAGGAUGUCCCUGGCAAAAGGAGCUCUGAGCAUUUCUGGCAUCUGGGUGCUGGCAGCCUGCUUUUCUUUGCCCCACGCGAUCUACCAAAAGCUGUUCCAGUACAAUUAUAGGGAAGCUACAGUUCGGAGCGUGUGCCUCCCUGAUUUUCCGGAGCCGUCCGAGCUGGUGUGGAAAUACUUGGACCUUUCCACCUUUGUUCUUCUCUAUCUCUUGCCCCUCAUCACCAUCACUGUGACUUACACGCGGCUGGCCAAGAAGCUGUGGUUGCGCAACGCCAUUGGGGACGUCACCACCCAGCAGUCUGUGGCUCAUCAGAAGAACAAGAAGAGGAGCAUCAAGAUGCUGGUGCUGGUAGUGGUGGUCUUUGCAGUGUGUUGGUUCCCUCUCAACUGUUAUGUGCUGCUCAUCUCCAGCCUGGGUGUCAAAACCAAGAACUCCUUCUAUUUUGCUCUGCACUGGUUCGCCAUGAGCAGUACUUGCUACAAUCCAUUCAUCUACUGCUGGUUGAAUGAAGGCUUCCGUUCCGAGCUCAAGGCUUUGCUUGCCCUGUGCUGGAAGACGCGGCAGAUGCGAGAGAACCUGAUUCCAGGUAUGAUACUGCCCUAUCGGGAGGCCUGGAUGCAGCAAGCCCCAUACAAGCAAAGGCUGUCUCUACAGAGCAUUCGCUCCACCACCAACGUGCAGACCUUCAACACCGAUUUGUGAGAUGGACAAACCAAGGAUGCAAUGUUGGGGUGAUGCAGUGUGUGGCCAGCCUGUGAAGGAUGCACCAGCAGGAACAACUAAAGUACAGGUUUCAUUGUGGUCAUGAGGAGGACAAAGGACUGGUCUCUCAAAACUAUAUCCACUUUGAGGGAAAUUACUGGAAGUAAACAGGCAAAAGGGAUUAACGUGCUCUUCCGUUUGUGGCUUUUUGUGCAUGCAUAGCAAUUAUAGUGAAAUUAACUGGGGCCCAGAGAAGAUGGUGAUGGGUGGGGUGACAGAGGUCUUCUCAAAACCUAAAACUUCCCAUUUCCAAGAGGGUUGUUACAGGUUUUUUCUACCAUAUUUCUACCACCCCCAGCACAGGACCUCCAGUGACUGUCGCUGGUGUCUGUCUUAUGUUUCUUUUUAGAUUGUGAGCCCUUUGGGGACAGGGAGCCAUUUUGUUUAUCUUAUUUAUUUGUUAUUUCUCUGUAUGAACUGCCCUGAGCCAUUUUUGGAAGGGCGGUAUGGAAAUAGAAAGAAAGAAAGAAAGAAAGAAAGAAAGAAAGAAAGAAAGAAAGAAAGAAAGAAAGAAAGAAAGAAUAUUGACCAGGGGCAGAGCUGUAAUUGAAAAAGGAGGGUAGAAUGAAUGUCCCCUGGGCCCCUGAAGGAGAAGGGGCCCACCAGCUGAAUGCCAGCUUGCUCUUCACUCUCCCCGCUCCCCUCUCUUCAAAGAAAAAGAUGGAGAGGUGGGAGGCACAAGGACCCGUCUUCAGACUGAUGUUCCGGGCCCCAUUCCUGUUCAAAGUGAGAAUUCGAAAGCAUUGCUCUUAGCACCGUAGUAACCUCUUCUGGCCACUAGAGGCACGAUGAGGUGUUAAGAGAUCAGUUUGGGUCAUUUUAGUUAGAGUCAGUUCCGUUGUACGGGCUCCGUUCUUGUGGAAGGCUAGUGCCUGUUUGGGAAUGUUGUCCAAUCUCUUUCCCUCAGUCUGUGAUGUUUUAGUUUCUUAAUAAAGCUUUGUUUUUUUCAACUCAGCCUAAGGUCUCCAGAUAAACUCUUGGUCUAAACCUCUCUACCACCAGAGCACACGCUGCAGUAUGAGGAUGUUAAUGUUUCUCCUCAUUAAACUGGAGAUAAAGCCAGCCUGAAGAAGGCUAAUGCAGGUAUAUACUCCUGGAAACUGAGAAGAGCUCCAGUUCAGACCUAGUUAAAGGAACGGUCACUCUAUAAACCCAAGAAUAGGCUUGGCCAGGGUCCAAACUAGGGGAGAGGAGGCCAUGAUAACAGGAGGAUAACGGGAGGGCAUGAUAACAGUUGAGGCUGGAGUGUGGCUCUCCAUUCUUAACCUCUGGCUUAAACGAUCCCUCAGCCCUCGGGAUUUGGCCCCUCUGACCCUACUGGGUGGCUUUCAAUCUUCCUGGGAAGGGGCCCUGUGGACUAAAUUGUCACUUUACCCCCCCUCCCCCCAUUUCCUACUUGCUAUGGGCCAUGGCCAGGCAAAAACAGUCACAAAACAGAGGAAAAUGGACACUGAGUGCCAGGCUGACUAGGCAGGGCGGAGAUAUUCUGCCUCCUCCGCUGCAUGCUUGUCACAGCUAAAAAUCCCAAGCCACAGAAGGGCUUAAACCCUCGCCCAUUGUCAUGCCCUUAGGGACAUAGGAAGCUGCCAUAUACUGAGUCAGACCAUAGGGCCAUCUGGCUUAGUAUUGUCUGCACAGACCGGCAGCGGCUUCUCCAAGGUUGCAGGCAGGAGUCUAUCUCAGCCCUCUCUUGGAGAUGCUGCCAGGGAGGGAACAUGGAACCUAGAAGCUCGUCCCAGAGCGGCUCCAUCCCCUGAGGGGAAUAUCUCACAGUGCUCACAUCAAGUCUCCCAUUCAUAUGCAACCAGGGUGGACCCUGCUUAGCUAAGUGGACAAAUCAUGCUUGCUGCCUCAACAACAGGUCUCCUUCCCUCUGCAGUCCUGGAAGGCAAAUUCAGAAAGAUCCCAGUUGCAGAGAGACGUUGUCCCUGUGACACUGGGGAGGUAGAAACCACAGAAGAUGUACUCCUUUUUUGCCACUUUUACAAAGACAUUCGGACUACAUUUAUAUUUCCGCUAUUUCGCGAGUACCCUGGCCUCUCCAGCCAUGACUAUGCCCUCUCU